AUGGUAACACCACCUCUUUGGAUUUGUAAGGUGGUUAUACCGCCCGAUGACAGAGAAUUCAGCAUAGACAUACGUAGGAACUUUCUCGACAAAAAAUGGUUUUACGACAUAGAAAUCAAUAACAGCAGAAUGGUGAUACAGAGACGAACAAGUGAAGAUGUUGAUUUCUAUCGUAACUGGGCAGACUACAAGAGCGGUUUCGGGAAUCUAAUGGGGAAUUUCUGGAUUGGCAAUGACAUCCUUCAUAUCCUGACAAACAGCCCAAGGAUACUUCGUGUUGAACUAGAGGCUUGGGAUGGGACAAAAGGUUAUGCCCAGUACUCGGAAUUCCAGGUGGCCAAUGAAGCUUUGAAUUAUAGACUUUCAGUGCAGGGAUUCUCCGGCAACGUUUCCUAUGAUGUCUUUGGCAGCCAUAAUGGUUACGCAUUCACCACCUUUAACAGAGACAACGAUAUCAAAGAAGAUGAAAAUUGUGCCCUGCAAUAUCGUGGCGGUUGGUGGUACUACAACUGCUUUCAGUGUAAUCCCAACGGACUCUAUAUGACAUAUAGUGUAGGUGGGGAUAUCAAGGCAAUGAGCUGGGGGUACUUCCCUGAUGCGAUGUCGAUAGUUACACCACUGAAGGCAACCAAAAUGAUAAUUCGAUAG